AUGGAGGAAGCAACAUGCCUCUGUUCUCCAUGCUGUCCAUGGGAGAUUAUCUUACCCAGGUCAUGCAUGUGCCUGUGCAUGAAGUUUCUUCUCACUACAGAAAGGAACUGCACCUGCUUCCCCUGCCCGUAUGAGGAUGACGGAAGAUGCCAGUUCUGUCACUGUACCUGUUCCGAUUCUCCCAAUUGUCACUGGUGCUGCUGCUCCUGCGCCAAUGACCCCAUCUUAAAGUGCUGCUGUAUUUGUCCCAGAGGAAAAUCUUCCUGCCACUUCUACGACGCCCGCUGCCACCACCGGGCACUUUUCACUGCUAAAUCCCCGUGGAGUAUCUUUAAUUCAGGAUUUCGACGGAAGCAUGGAAGCUGUGAUUCCUUAAUCGCUAAGACCCACUCUGGCCUGAUGCAACACCUGCUCUGCCCCAUCUGCGGCAAGCUGCGGCUGCACUCCUAUAUUUUACCCUGUGGACACUCCGUCUGUGAGAAGUGCCUGAAGAGGAUCCAGGCUACAGCUGACGUCACUGAGUGCUUCUUCAUCUUCAACUGCCCGAUCUGUCAGCGCUCCCACUGCCUGCCCAACAAUAAGGUGGUGAUGCCUGAGAACUAUUUGCGGAGCCGCCUCACCAGGCGCUACAUGCAGCAAAACAACUUCCUCACCUGGCGCUUUGACAGGGCUUUGAAUCCCGCCUACUGCCAGGUGUGCAGGGAGUACAGGUUGGCUUAUAAACACUGCGUCGCCUGCCGCAUGAAUCUCUGUGUCGAUUGUCUCAGGAACGUCCACUCGGACCUGUUAAUGCAGGACCACCUUUUCAUUGACGCCACUAGCCAGGAACAGGAGAAGUUCUGCUUUUAUCACCCGAACAACAAGAUCAUUGAGUACUGUCGGAACGACCAUGAGCUGCUCUGUCAAAUCUGCAAGUGCAUUCACCACGAUGGCCACGAAAUCAUUAGUUUAGUGGACGCCUGCUCCGAGCUCUCUGCAGCUCUCUUCAGCGCCAUUGCCAAUUUCAAAUCAGUUCGAUAUGAGAUUGAUAAUGACCUGAUAGAAUUCAAUAUUUUAAAGAAUGGCGUUAAAGUCAACAAAGAGGCAAAAAGGAAAGCAGUCCGAGGCGGAUUCGUAAGACUGAGGCAUAUUCUUCAAGAAAAGGAGAAAUCCCUCAUGGAGCAACUGGAGAAUUUGGAAGGAUGCAGGCAGAAGGAAAUUGAAAAAUAUGUGUGCACCACAACUCUUAGAGUUAAGGAAAUGGAUGGACUUAUUGAGUUUUGUAAAGAAGCUUUGAAAGAGACAGGUCAGGUGGCAUUUCUACAGUCUGCUAAGUCUUUGGUAAAUCAAAUAGAGGAGGGGAUCCAAAAUACGUAUCGGCCUGAUCCACAGCUUAAGGUGGACUGCAUGGAGGCCCUUCACCUGAAUUUCACGGAUUUAGCAAAUGGAUUACAUGCCCUUUUCCCUGUCCAGCAACAGAAAGAGUCAUCCUCUGGUGAUUAUUCACCCAAUCCUUAUCCUGUGCAUUCUGAAAUGAUGAUUACUCGAAAAGUCACCUUCAGUACGCAAAAUUUUAGCAAUCAACAAAUGUUUCAACACAGCUACUCUUCACAGUCUCUCCCGGGAUCUCCCUGUGAGAAGGGUAGAACAAACAUUGAAAUAUAUGGAAGAACACAAUCCAUCUCCACUCCCAGGAACACUGAAGGGUUCUUUACCUACUGGGUGGCACCUACCGAAGGCCAGACUUUUUGGUCUACUCCAGAAGGUACAAAAGUCCAGACCUACAGCAGCUUCCACAACUGGUAUAUCCCCAACGAAAGGAAUUUGAAAGUUCCAGGGCUCAUUGUCAUCUACCAGACACUGGUAUACCCAAGAGCUGCCAAAAUUUACUGGACGUGUCCCACAGAAGACGUAGAUUAUUUCGAGAUGGAAUUCUAUGAACUUGUUGUUUAUGCUCCCAAUAAUGUCCAGACAGAACUUUGUGGACACAUACGAGACAUACAGCAACAGAAUCUGGAACUACAUAAUCUAACUCCAGGCACAGAGUAUCUAUUUAAAGUCCGUGGGGUCAAUGAAAAUGGACCAGGAGAAUGGAGCGAUGUAUGUAAGGUAAUGACGCCAGAUGGUCGUGGGAAGACCAGAGCAAAAUGGGGGCUGCUGAAGAAUAUUCAGUCUGCCUUCCAAAAACGCUUUUGA